AUAAACCAAAUGAAGUAAGGUCUACAAGUUUGUCUAAUAUUCAAUCAAUAGGUUUGUUUCCUGGUUCUUUGGCACGGCAUGGCACAGCCAGAAAGAGUAGCCAUUUGAAUGGCCAGAGGCAUUGUACCGUCACUGUGAUAAACCCCAACUGGGAUAAAGCUAGCUCUGUUUUGUCAAGUUGCCUAAUGAUUACAGACAGAGGCAGGCAAAGUCGCUCUCUCUGUAAGGCUGAGGCCAGAAGUACUUAAUGAGCAUAGAGUAUCAAAAAAUAGUAAGAUGUUUGACAGCAGUCUCAUUCUGUACUCUUUCUUCACCUCUUUGCUCAAUUUCUUUUUAGAAACAUUUUUCUUCAGUGGUGUUUAAGGGGGACUCUUAUCACUUAAAGUAAAUCUUACAGGGGGUGGCCAGAACCUGGGCAGAGGUCCAACAUGUAUCAGUAUUACAGCUUUGAGCCCCCUUCCCACCUUCCGUCUGCAGGUGUAUCUCAUUCUCCACACAUAUCAACUGCUUGUGUAUUGUUUUUUUCUUCUCCCCUUUAGAGCUCAACUACUGUAGCACUCCUGAAGGAAUGUGAUUAUAUUAUUAAAGUAAAUAGUAUUAAAUACAAAUGUAUAGACCUUCAAUUGUAUAUUUGUCUGUAAUACAGUACAUCAUGCACCCUAACUGAUAUCAUGCAGAGAUAAUCCUGUGAAGCUGUCCUGUGUGGCGGUUUCUCUAGAGCAAAGCUGCUAAGUAGAUGGAAUUACUUGGAUGUGGAGGCUGAGAUAAUAACAUAAUGGGGAGGUAAGCUACAGACAUGCAGUAGGCUUGCUGCUGGUAACUAAGGGCUGAAUCCUAACUCACUUAAGGAUUAGGCCUACAUUGUUAAAUUGUGAGCCAGGUUUUCCCGAGUAGAGCCUUUUUUGUUUACAAAAGUACUCUCACUAGGCUAACUCAUUUGUCCCCUUGUGACAAUAUCUCUCUGUUCUCCCAGGCGUCGAUCAGAUGUGGAAAAAAAGUUAACACAAAAACCUGAACAGUUGAGGACCGAAGCUGCUUGGAUUUGGAGUAGGAUCAAAGUCCUAGUACGGAGUUGUUUGAGCAAAUCUGCACGUACGCGUGUUUGAUAAAUGAAGGAAGGUCGUUGAUUCUAAUUCAAUUGUCUAAUCUUGUCUCUGGCUUGUUGGUGUGCCUUGUUAUGGUGGAUAUACAUUAUUCCAUACAUUUUGCCUAAGUAAUAACAGUACUAUAGACAUAUAUAUCUCAAACAUUAGAAACACCUUCCUAAUAUUGAGUUGCACCCCCUUUUGCCCUCUGAACAGCCUCAAUUUGUUGGGGCAUGACUCUACAAGGUGUCGAAAGCGUUCCACAGGGAUGCUGGCCCAUGUUGACUCCAAUGCUUCCCACAGUUGUCAACUUGGCUGGAUGUCCUUUGGGUGAUGGACCAUUCUUGAUUCACACGGGAAACUGUUGAGUGUGGGAAAAACCCAGCAGCAUUGCAGUUCUUGACACAAACUGGUGUGCUUGACACCUACUACCAUACUCUGUUCAAAGGCACUUAAAUAUUUUGUCUUGCCCAUUUGCCCUCUGAAUGGCAAACAUGCACAAUCCAUGUUUCAAGUCUUAAAAAUCCUUCUUCAACUAGUCUCCUCCCCUUCAUCUACACAGAUUGAAGUGGACUUAACAAGUGACAUCAAUAAGGGAUCAUAGCUUUCAUCUGGAUUCACCUGGCCUGGGACAGACACACAUCACUCAGAAAGGACAUGAGUUCUGCCAAGAACAGAUAUCAAAAACAUGGUGAGACAUCACAUCACAGGAGAAACAAUUACCUCAGAAACAGACAGCCCAGACCAGGAUGCAAAGUUUGCAGCCAGACCCUAAGGCUCAGUACAGCAGCGUGUAUGAGGCCCUAAGAAGGAUCGUCCGGACGGAGGGUCUCCUCAGACCCCUGAGGGGCCUCAACAUCACAAUGCUGGGGGCCGGCCCUGCCCACGCCCUCUACUUUGCCUGCUACGAACAUGUCAAGCGCACACUCAGCGAGGUCAUUCAGAAUGGUGGAAACAGCCACAUAGCCAAUGGACUGGCAGGCUGUGUGGCCACUGUGCUGCAUGAUGCAGUCAUGAACCCAGCUGAAGUGGUGAAACAGCGGAUGCAGAUGUACAACUCUCCCUACCGGAACCUAUUGGACUGCGUUGGGACUAUACAGCGCACUGAGGGGCUCACAGCCUUCUACCGCAGCUACAGCACACAGCUGGCCAUGAACAUUCCCUUCCAGGCUGUCCACUUCAUGACAUAUGAGCUGAUGCAGGAGCGGCUCAACCCCCACAGACAGUACCACCCCGGCAGCCACGUGUUGUCUGGGGCUGCGGCAGGGGCCGUAUCUGCAGCCAUAACCACCCCGCUGGACGUGUGUAAGACCCUGCUCAACACACAGGAGAACGUAGCGCUCAGCUCCAUACACAUCAGUGGUCACCUCACAGGCAUGGCCAACGCCUUCAGGACAGUGUAUCGCCUCGGUGGCACGGCUGCCUUCUUCAAAGGGAUCCAGGCUCGGGUCAUAUACCAGAUGCCCUCCACUGCCAUCGCCUGGUCAGUCUAUGAGUUCUUUAAGUAUGUCCUGACCAAGCAGCAGAUGGAGCGAGAGGCUGGGCCAGCUGGCCCAGUCUGAGGAAGGGCUGUGGACACUGCAAUGUGACCACACCUGUACAAGAGGCUCCUGGUUCUCAUGUGAGAUCAAUGCAAAAAGCCUCAUGGUGACAUAGUGUUCAUAAUUUAUAUCUGUGUGUUUUUGUAUAAUAACUCAAAGGGAAGUCACUGCAGUGGAGGAAGUUUGAAAGACUUGCUGUGGUAGACCGUGGCACUCCUUACACUUCACUUUCCUACCCAGCAAGCCCUUCCAUUGUGCACUGUCAUUCAUUAGAGGAGUGGAGGCUGUUACAGGAACUGCACAGAGAUGUAUACAGAGAAAAGGUAAUCUUCAUAUGGCAACAGGCCCUUUUCCCAAAUCACCCGUUCACUAAGCACACAACGCUACCAACUUCGUCUAUCACUAUCUGGUGACAGUAUUUUCAUGAUUAUGUUGGGUUACAUUCAUACAGUAUGUUUGUAGAUCUGAUAUGGGAACUUUUUAUUUAUUUCAUUUGCUUACCAUGGCUUGCAUUUUAUGGAUUUGGAAGAUACACAUAGUUGUUUGCUUGUUUUAUUUCCUUGUGUAUUUAUAAAGUUUUAUUGAACACAUUCCUGAGUUUCGCUGCACAGUAGACACAAUUGCGCUUUCAAAGUGCCUCUUUAGCAUUGAAGGCAGCCACAACUUUAAAGUGUUUUGUGUUGUCCAUGUCUUUAAUAGAAAUGGAUUGGAUCAGUCACCAUUAACAUAAUCAUUGUUUGCCAUUGAAAUGUAGAUUAAAUCGUAUGAUCUUUAUAUGUUACCUUUUCAUCAAUCAUAGCAAGAAACCACUCGUUAAAACCAAAUGUACUGAAAUAGGACCAUGUUAUUUUUCCUUGGCCAGAAGGUUGGCAUCAUACAAUGUGCCUAUAAUCUGAGCUAGCUUAAACCUUUCAAGAUGAGGGUCUGUUUUCUAUUCUGUGUUGGAAAUGCAGUUCUGAGAGUUAAAUUUCCUUUUGGCUGAACCACUAAAUGUUGUGCUGUUUUUUUUUUACUUUAGAUAGGUCUUCAUUCUAACCUCUGCACCAGUCAAAGUCUGCAGUAGUUUAGUAGUUCAGUUUCAGUAGUUUAUUUUGACCACCCAGUGAAGUGAGUAUUGCCUCCCUUUCCUGAGAGGUUACUGGAAUCCCUCUCAAUAAUAAAGGUGUAUAGGCCAUAACGGCCCAAAUGUUAGCCUUGUUUGGGCACAGUAGUAGGCUCUGGACUCUCACCAAUGUGAGUGUUCGAGUGUAUUAUAUAACAAUCUAUGUUGCAGAGAAGAGGCAGUGUUUUUAUAUAUUUUAGUGAGUGAUUGUUUCCCAGGAGGCAUUUCAUGAUGCUGGUCCUCAGGUGAACCAAACCUCCGCAUCAAACCUGUAAGAGGCUGAUGGCAUGGACCGCCUCAUCUCUGCAUUCAGACACAUCUGUGAUGUUCAUAUUUAGCUUUGGAGUAAAAUAUCAUGCUUGUAAUAAUGUACUUAGUUUAUAUCUCUAAAAUGAUUUUAUGUGAGAUGAGCAGAUUUGACAGAUUCUCAAACUACUACAAAACAAAUAAAACAUUCAAUGUUCGACAGCAGAAUUUGGAAUGAGUACCACUGCAGCCCAGGGCAGUUAAUCGGGUGAAUUCUUUAAGCAUUGGGUACAGUCUGUGACAAUGGGCCCAUUACUAAUGGGUUACCAGAUCAGCUGGUUGGCACGCUCUAUUUAUUAAACUUUUUUUUUUGGCCCAUUUUAGUCACUUCCUGUGCUCUCCCUGCUCUCUUCCCAGCCUCUUGGCUCUGAGUUUUCUGCUCAGAAGGCAGACAUUCCUCCACAUAUUGUUGUAAUCCACAGAGCUGCAAGACUUGUUUGUUUGCUUUUAAUUAAAUGUUAUUGGGUUUGUUCACCAGUGAAGUACAGCUGGUUCUAUGAGAUCUCCAAAGGUCCCAGUCCCUCAAAUAUAGGUUUAUUCCUUGUUAAAGAUCCCAAAGAUAUGCAUUGUAUCAUUUUCUAUUUGCAAACCUGUAGUGGUGAACAUACCUGUAAAAUGAAGCACUCAUUCUUGUCCUCGUACUUAUUGGCAGUCCUCUCAUUACAAGCAUCAUCUGCAACCAAAAAAAGCUUUAGCUUCUUAUUCUUUGGACCUCUUUAGUUGAGCUAGUCAUAUAGCUGUCCUUAUGAUGUUUCAAAUGUCACUUUGUACCUCAACAUUGUCACAAGAGGUAGAGAUGAGAAUUUCUUCAAAUGUUUCUGUGAAGACUGAAGUGUUUGGUUAAAGGGGACAUUUAGUCUGAACUGAGAGGUGAGCAGUGGUCAAACCUGUUGCAGUAUUCAUAACGGAGAGAAUUUGGCCCACUGCAUGACCAUUUCUCUAUUUAAAUUUAAAGUCCUUUUGAGCCCUGUAGGUGUUUUUUAUAGAGUUACACAAAUGUUUUUGCAAAAUAUCACAGCUAUUGUUUAUGUAAAUGAAUAUGCAACACAGUAACACAUUUAGGUUGAUUUUAAAGUCAAUCUUAUUGACAACAAUACUGGACAGCUGAAGGUUAAUUCAUUUGAUGUUUCUGGCAUAUUGUUUAUUACUAUUUCUGAAAAGGGGGAAUUGCAGACAAAUGUAAUGCAUGUUACUUACUAUACAAAUGCCAACAUGCCAUUUAUGUUCUAUGCAUUUCAUUCAAUUUUAAUGAAUCUUAUGUUUUAAGAAAUGCUGGUCAUACAGUUGAUGGAAUUAAUUCCAUUAAGAAUCACUCGCCAGAUAUUACAAACAAUACUGCUCCUAUGCAUUAAUGUUGAGUAGAGCAGACCUUUUUAAGAAACUUGGAGAUCGAAAUGGAUAGUUACAUGGACUGGAUGAUAAUCAAAUGUUUAAAAUGGUCAUUAGACUAAUCUGGUUCAGGUAUUUAGUCUUGCUUUAGCUUCUGAAUCAUUUUUGAUAAAGUAUCCACAGAACACAGGUCUUGUUUUGCUCAGACACAUUACAUUAGCCCUAGAGAUCUAAGGAAAAAUAAGUCUUAAACUCAUGCUUAUUGUCUAGCUUAUAUAACUUAACUGUGAGAUCAUUUCAAUAUAAUGUACUUUAAUUAUUAUGUAUGCCCCAUGAAUAAGAGUGAUUGUGUUAAUGGAGAUUUGGUGAAUUUAUAUCUUAUCUAGGGAUGUUCAUCAUGUUACAUCUUUGCUGCUUUUUUUGCGCACAAAAAAACGGGGGAAACUGGGAAGAUUUAUGACUAGAGUGCCAUCUACAGCACAAGAAUGUUAAAUGACUGUGGUAAUGCUGCUACAGUGUAUAUAACACUGGAGCUGAAAUAAAAAUG